GAAUGGAAUAAUCCUUGACGACUAUAAAUUUCCAGAAAUACCCCCCGCAAACGACCUUUCCUCUUUUCUUAUCUACAUCUUCUCUAUCAAAACUUGCGAAGAGGCAGGUCUUUUUUUAAAUCCUCUGCGAAUACACCAUCGAUCAAUCCUUCAACUUUCUCGAUCAUGUCGACCCAACUUCCACCCCCAAGCAAGAGGCAGAGAACGGAUGCUUUAGAGAGAUCCAGAGCGCAACAAGAUAUUGAGGAAAUACCCAGCGAUGCAGGCAGUCUUCGAAUCCAGUUCUUCGAUGAAACUACAGGUCUUCCUAUAGGCAAUGGCCCAGUCCUCGUACCAGUCGCAAAUGCAGACCCGAAGAAUCUGGAGCUAUUGUUGAACACUCUUUUGGGACAUGACUCCUCCGAGUAUAUUCCAUACCGAUUUACCCUACCCGUAUCAGACAAGAAGAAUUCCGCAGAGAAGAUCACUACCGCCUACCCUACAGAAGUCUACAAAACCUUGAUAAAACCGGGACUAAUAAGUGCCGAAGAAACCCAAAAUAUCUCAGCAGCACCACAAGCAGUUUUCAAAGUCCAAUCCGUUUCAAGGUGCGCGUCUACAAUCCCCGGCCAUGGCGAAUCCAUCCUGGUUGCCCAGUUUUCUCCAAGGUCAUCCUCCAGAAUGGUCAGUGGUAGCGGAGACAACACAGCACGUAUAUGGGACUGCGAUACCGGAACUCCAGUACACACGCUAAAGGGGCACACAAGUUGGGUAUUGGCUGUUAGUUGGUCGCCGGAUGAGUCGAGGAUUGCGACAGGCAGUAUGGAUAACACUGUCAGGAUUUGGGAUCCGAAAACCGGAAAGCAAUUAGGCAGUCCAAUGAAGGGGCACUCGAAAUGGGUCACGAAUCUAGCUUGGGAGCCGUAUCACGUUCAAAAACCGGGAGAACCUAGACUCGCUUCAUCUUCUAAAGAUUCUACUGUUAGAGUAUGGUCGACUAAUCAACAGAGGAUUGAAUUGGUCUUAACUGGACACAAAGACGCAGUAUCAUGUGUCAAAUGGGGAGGAACUGGAUUCAUAUAUACCGCAUCUCGCGAUAAAACUGUCAAAGUUUGGAAUGCAAAGGACGGAACUCUCGCGCACUCCCUCAAUGCUCAUGCGCACUGGGUAAACCAUCUCGCACUAUCUACAGAAUUCGUCACACGAACUGGCUACUUCGACCACACUGGCAAGGUUCCUGCAACAGAGGAGGAAAAGGUCAAGAAAGCAAAGGAACGUUUCCUCAAAGCCUCCCAAAUCCAGGGUGAAGUUGUGGAACGCCUUGUCACUGCCAGUGACGACUUCACUAUGUAUCUAUGGGAACCUUCCAAGCAAACGAAGCCCAUAGCACGAAUGUUGGGUCAUCAAAAACAAGUGAACCACGUAGCUUUCUCGCCCGACGGACUCCUCAUUGCUUCCUCUGGUUUCGACAACCAUACCAAGAUCUGGAACGCCCGUGAUGGAAAAUUCAUUAAUACAUUGAGAGGUCAUGUUGCUCCUGUCUACCAAUGCGCUUUUAGCUCUGAUUCUAGGCUACUAGUCACAUGUAGUAAGGAUACAACACUGAAAGUAUGGGAUAUGGCAACUCACAAAUUAGCUAAAGAUUUACCUGGCCAUAAAGACGAAGUUUAUGCCGUAGACUGGAGCCCGGAUGGAGAAAAAGUGGGCAGUGGCGGAGCAGAUAAAGCGGUGCGCAUCUGGAGACAUUAAAAAAAAAAGUAGUAAUAUAGACACAAUUGUUAAUCAGGGAGCUCAUUCGAUUGUCAAAUUUGAAUUGGGACAUUGAAAAGGACUGGAGCUCAAGGUUGCGGCCGGAAAAGAAAAGACUACUCAAUAGCCAGAGUCUUUGGAGUUUAAUUGUCGAAAUUGCAUCGGGACAAUGAAAAGAAUCUAAAAGAUUAAGGCCCCAUUCUAUAACUAAAUACGUUCUAUUACUAAAUAUAUCUUAACA